AGCGGCGGAUUAAUUCAUUUUCGUGGUUCAGUGGUUGAUAUCGAUCGAGUAAUAGGAUUUUUGAGUACACCGUAUCUGCGAUUAACUGUUGCCUCUAACUAUUUACCGUUGUAGCGCCGCAGCAGUUGCGCGGACGUUGCGGUUUUCGUAAACCGUUGUCAUUGUGUUCGUUCACCGGGCACCGGUCGGUUAUCGUUUGCCGCCGACCGGUAAUGUAACCGGUAACGGCUCUCGCAUUACCACUGCGAAUCUUUUAACCGUAGACUCUUUCUCAUUCUCCUCGUCCGUCCGAAAAAUGAUCAAAACAUUCAUCGGUUGGAUUUGGAGGAAACUCUGGUGGGCGUGGUAUUUGGCAAUAACCUUAGUCGUGUGCUACACCAGGGAUUGUCUUCGGAAAAGGGCCAUCUGGGACGUAGUUGCUGUUUUCAUGGAUUCCUUGACGCCAAAAUUUUACAUUGCACUUACAGCUACAUCAUCACUGAUAUCAGCUUUAAUAAUGGUUUUGGAAUUGAUAUAUUUUCAAAGAUAUGGAGUGUCUUUUAUUGAACAAUUUUCACUCAACUAUAUAAGUCCUUGGAUUGGCGGAGAUAACGAUAAUAACCAACAAGUACCAGAAUGCAAAGUAUGGAGAAAUCCUUUGGGUCUUUUUCGGGGUGCAGAAUAUUCAAGAUAUUUCAAUGCAACCAAACGAGAUCCUUUGACGUUUUAUGAUAUGAAUUUAUCAGCCCAAGAUCAUCAAGCAUUUUUCAUAUGUGAUGCAGAUAAUGGAAAACCAGAUUAUGAAAUAAUGCAAGCUGCAUGGAGGGAAAGGGUACCAGCUGCAAGAAUAAAAGCAGCACAUUUGGCUUUGGAAAAAAAUGCUGACUGUGUUACAGCUCUUAUAAUGUUGGCUGAAGAAGAAGCACCAACUAUGUUGAAAGUUGAAAAAAUUCUACGAAAAGCACUAAAAUUAGCUGAAGCUAAUUACAAAAAAACUCAAAAAUCUCAUCAUUUGGAUGCUAACAUAGAAAUGCAACACAGGCGGGAUUUAAAUGUCUUAAUAUACAUACGAAGGCGAAUAGCAAUGUGCUGUAGGAAGUUAAGAAAGUUAAAAGAAGCCGCAAAAAUGUUUAGAGAUUUAAGCAAGGAAAUGCCUCCGAUUAUGAACAUACUUAAUGUUCAUGAAAAUUUAAUUGAAGUAUUAUUAGAAAUGCAAUCAUAUGCCGAUGUACAAUCAGUGUUGGCUAAAUACGACGAUAUAAAUUUACCGAAAUCAGCAGUCAUCUGUUAUACUUCUGCAUUGUUGAAAAUCCGUAUUAUCGCUGAAAAAUAUAACGGAGGAAAUUCAUUGAAAAAAGGACUUAAUCAAGCGGAAGAAGUAGCACUUGAAGCUAUCCACCGAGCUGUUGAAUUUAAUCCACAUGUUCCAAAAUAUUUAUUGGAAAUGAAAUCGUACAUCUUUCCUCCUGAACACAUACUGAAAAGAGGAGAUUCGGAAGCUGUGGCGUACGCAUUUUUCCAUUUAGCCCAUUGGAAACGAAUAAAAGGAGCUUUGACUGUGCUAAGUGUCACUUGGGAAAGUGCGUUCAACCAAAUUCCAUACCCUUUGGAAAAAGGAUACUUAUUCCAUCCUUAUCCAACAUGCACAGAGUUAGCAGACAGAGAAUUAUUACCCAAUUAUCAUAAAGUUAGCGUAUUUCCACAAAAAGAUUUACCAUUUUUCAUUCACUUUACAGCCGGUCUAAGUUCCUUUACAGCAUUACUUGCUUUACUCAUAUAUCUCCAUCCACAAUUUACUGGCAGUCUUGUUUAUAUUUUAUGCAUGUGGAUUAUUGUUCCAGUAAAUUAUUGUCUAGAUCGUUUGGAGACAAUGCUUCCAAACAAUGUUAUGGAUAUUCUCUCUAAUAUUUGAUCUGAUUUAUCCUUCCAUAGCUUAUAAUGUUUUUAUUUUGACUGUAAAUAUGUAUAUUUAACAAUGGAGAGCAAAACAAUCCCAACUACAUUUUUAUGAUAAUUUUUGCCCUUUUUGUAAAAUAUAAGUUUUAAAUUAAUAUUGAAACAAAACUAGUCAAACUGCGGUUCAGAUCAAAUCAUCUCUUGGACAAUUAUUAGCUAUGUACAAAUUAUAGUGAACUAUUCAACAAAUGAAUAUUUCUCUCUUAACAUAAUUUAUAACUGUAAACUUAAGUAAUGCCAGAGUAUUUGUACUACUAUUUUUAAUUUAAUUUAUUUAAAUAAAAUCUGAUAGUUAUUUA